AAAUUCCUACAGUAGUGUGAGCCCGUGAACGCAGCAGCAGCGUCAUCACGUGGUCCAACAUGGCGGCCGGGCGCUGCGGGUUCUUCCUCCUGAAGAAGAAACGAUUCUGCAAAAUGACCCCGAAGACCGGAAACGCGUUCUGCGGCGAGCACGCGACCAUGGAAGAAGGAAGCAGCAGGAGGAUCGUGUGUCCUCUUGACCCCAAACACACCGUGAGUGAAGACAAGCUGGACAAACACCUGAAGAGAUGCAACGCCAGAGACAAACCCAAACCUGUUUAUUAUGUGGAGAACAUAAACGCUGGAUCAGCUGACAGAGAGACGCUCCAACAGGUGAGUCUGUGUGAGCGCAGCCGGGCCGAGUUACAAUCUCUGUUGGACAAACUGAAGACAGCCGCCACUGGACUGCAGUGUGACGUGGAGGACAGUGUUCUGUCCCAUCCAGUCCUCCAGGAGGAACUCAACAACCCAAAGAAUGGAGACUCCGCCCACAAACACCUGAAGCAACAGUCCUCUCUCUUAGGUCACCUGGAGGCGCUGGGGCUCCUGGGAAGGGGGCGGUGCUUCGUGGAGUUUGGAGCAGGUCGGGGGAAACUGUCUCACUGGAUCCAUGAAGCCCUGAAGACCCGAGACCACCUGGAGACCUGCGAUGACCUGCAGCUGCUGCUGGUGGAGCGCUGCAGCACCCGCUUCAAGGUGGAUGGGAAACAUCAGGAUAUUGGAGUUCAGUUCGAGAGGCUGCAGGUCGACAUUCAACAUCUGGAUUUAAGUAAAGUCCAGCUGCUCAGACAGAAGAAGCUCCCGUUGGUUGGAGUUGGAAAACACCUGUGUGGAGCAGCGACAGAUCUGGCUCUGCGCUGUCUGUUGGAAACACCAGGACCCAGAGAGCCGGCUGAACCGCCACGGAAACGCCUCAGAACCUCAGAACCAGCUGAUCCAGAAUCAGCUGAUUCAGCAACACUGCCAGGCCCUGGUCCUGAUCCAGGCCCUGGUCCUGACCCAGGCCCUGGUCCUGACCCAGACUCUGGUCCUGAUCCAGACUCUGGUCCUGAUCCAGACCCUGGUCCUGAUCCAGACCCUGGUCCUGGUCCGGUGCUGGGCCUGGCAGUGGCGCUAUGCUGCCACCAUCGCUGUGAGUGGCGUCAUUACGUCGGGCAGCAGUUCUUCCUGCAGCGAGGACUCGGAGCUGCAGAGUUCUCAGCUUUCUGUCGGAUGUCCAGCUGGGCCACAUGUGGACUCAGACCGACCAAUCGGGACCGUCCAUCUCAGGAUCCGACCAAUCAGAGAGGAGACGAUGAAGAGCACGAACCGGUGGAGGAGACGGACGCUGUGAGCGGGUUUCUGUCGGCGGAUGAACGCGAGCAGGUCGGUCGUCUCUGUAAACGUCUGAUCGAUGGCGGCAGACUCGACUUCCUGAAGACAAAAGGAUUGGACAGCAAACUGACUCGUUACGUCAGUAGUCAGGUGACUCUGGAGAACGUCCUGCUGACCGCCGUCCCACCGUCUCUGUCCCCGAGGUCAAACUGAGACUCAGAGACUACAGACCACAGACCAACUACAGACCAACUACAGACCACUACAGACUGACUACAGACCACAGACCAACUACAGACCAACUACAGACCACUACAGACUGACUAGACUGACUACAGACUGACUACUGACUGACUACAGACUGACUACAGACCACUACAGACUGACUACAGACUGACCACAGACUGACUACAGACCACUACAGACUGACUACAGACUGACCACAGACUGAAUACAGAUGAUACAGAAAUCACACAUACUCAACGUGAGUUUCUACAAAAGUAUUUUUAUUUGGAGUUAAAAUGUGUUGAAAUGUUAAGUAAAGUUUCUAUUAAAGCGUUUUCACUUG